UUCAAUUGCGCGGCGGCCCUGACCCAAAGAAUCUAUUGGGCACCUCUCUCUAUGGCUCUGAUGAUUUCCCGGCCGCCGACAAAUCCAAUUCAAUUGCGCGGCGGCCCUGACCCAAAGAAUCUAUUGGGCACCUCUCUCUAUGGCUCUGAUGAUUUCCCGGCCGCCGCCAACUCCGCCGCGCUUCUUAUCCCUGCCGCCUCGGCGUGCCGCUCUUUCCAGCCGUAUAUUUACUGCUGGAGGUCGAAACCUUGUAAGAGAAGCUCGUAAUUUCCCAUGCUGUUCUACCGAUGCGAGAAGAGGCGGUAGCGGAAUGAGGCCCCUGCAAGUCGCCGGAGCAACGGCGGAGGCGUCGGAGAAUGCGCGGGAGUCGAGCCUUGGGAGGGCUGAAUUGUCCGAUGCAGGGGCGGUGAAUCUUGGGACGAAGAGGAGGAACGUGUACUGGGGCAGGAAAUGGAAUGUGCGGGACGUCGGCACGGCGGGGAUUGUGGUUUUGAUGCAUUUUCUGUGUUUCUUCGCGCCUUUUACCUUCAACUGGGGCGCAUUUUGGGUGGCCGCGGGGCUGUAUGUUGUCACCGGCCUUCUGGGCAUUACUCUCUCUUUCCAUAGGAAUCUUUCUCACCGGAGCUUCAAGCUUCCCAAAUGGCUCGAGUACUUGUUUGCCUAUUGCGGGGUUCUGGCGCUUCAGGGUAAUCCAAUUGACUGGGUGAGCACGCACAGAUACCAUCACCAGUUCUGUGAUUCGGAGAGAGACCCACAUAGCCCAAUCGACGGAUUCUGGUUUAGCCACAUGAGUUGGCUCUUUGACACGAACGCGGUCGUCGAAAGGUGUGGGAAACCCAACAAUGUUGGGGAUCUGGAGAAGCAGCCCUUCUAUCGGUUCAUCCAGAGCACUUACAUCCUCUAUCCAAUUGCCCUGGCGUUUCUGCUCUACGCAGUCGGAGGUUUUCCUUUCAUUGUUUGGGGAAUGGGCGUAAGGGUUGUGUGGGUGUACCACAUUACUUGGCUGGUGAACUCGGCGUGUCAUGUCUGGGGAACGCAGGCGUGGCCCACUGGCGAUCUGUCUCGGAACAAUUGGUGGGUGGCGCUCCUGGCGUUCGGAGAGGGCUGGCACAACAACCACCACGCGUUCGAGUACUCGGCCCGGCAUGGGCUUGAGUGGUGGGAGAUAGACAUGACAUGGUACGUUGUGAGGUUUCUCCAAGCAAUUGGUCUGGCUACGGAUGUUAAGCUACCAUCCCCCUCUCACAAGCAGAGGAUGAAUGUCAAAACUCCAACUCCCAGCCUGGCCUCCUAAUUGUUUCUUUCUUUCUUUUUUUCCUUUUCUAUUUUGAGUUAUUUAUAUCAUAUAUAUAUAUUAUUAACUAUAACAAAAUAUUUAUGUUAUUGUCUUAAGUAAUAUUAUAGUUUGAUAUUCAAUCAUACGUUUAGGUAGAUUAAGUAAAAUUAUCACACUAAUGUAAUUAGAUUGAUUUGAUUUGGACUA